AGCGACUCAACGAGGGCGCCUUGCUAGGCGAGUAUCCGCACAAAGAAGCCCGACAGUCUCUUUCCAAGAUUCCUUGGUUUGGACUCGACAUCGGAGGCACGUUGGCCAAACUCGUCUACUUUGUCCCGGACUCAGCCCCGAUCCCGACCGAUCGGACCGAAUGUGAGGAGAUAAAACAGUACUUCGAGAACUCGACAUGCUACGGGGAGACAGGAAAACGAGACGUCCACUUGGAGAUGCGUACAUGCGAACUGGACGGCCAAGCUGGAACUCUGCACUUCAUACACUUCUCCUCGACAGAGAUAUUUUCGUUCCUGCGACUGGCCGAGUCGAUGGGUAUCUCGACGAGCUCGACCACCAUCUGCGCAACUGGUGGUGGCGCCCAGUUGUUGGAAGACAAUCUGGGCGAGUUGAAACACAAAAUCGGCACCAAGGUCCACAAAUACGACGAGUUGGACUCCUUGCUGUGCGGCAUCCAUUAUAUUGAGUCGUGCAAGCCUUUGAGGGAAUGCUUCUAUUUCGAAAUGGACGCGGAGCAUAAGACCUACACGAAAACUCCGUUCGAUUUCUCUGAUGCAUAUCCCUAUCUUGCGGUUAACAUCGGAUCGGGGGUCAGUAUGCUCGCUGUUUAUUCACCCACCGAGUAUCGUAGGAUAACCGGAACCAGAUGCGAGAGUUUUGAGGAAGCGAUAGAGCUUGCCGAAAAAGGAGAUUCAGGACUGGUGGACAAACUCGUCCGCGACAUCUACGGCGGAGACUACCCGAAAUUUAAUCUCCGUGCUGAUACUGUCGCUUCAUCCUUCGGAAACAUGUGUUGCAAAUGGCGCCGAGAGCUUGCGAAGAGAGAAGAUCUCGCGCGGGCAACCUUGACCACCGUCACCAACAACAUCGCGUCUAUCGCGAGACUCUGUGCUGUCAACGAGAAAAUGCAGCGAAUAGUCUUCGUUGGGAAUUUUCUUCGCUACAACGCGCUAUCCAUGCACAUGUUGACGCAUGCUAUGGAUUUCUGGUCUCGCGGAUCCUUGAAAGCGUUGUUCCUAGAGCAUGAGGGCUAUUUCGGGGCCGUAGGAUGCAUUGUGGAGCAUCUACGGAGUUCAAAAAAGACGCAAUGAGUCCCUCCCACGUCGGCUGUCGAUCUUAAAUAACCGAAUAUCAAAUGUUUUCGUAGUUGGCGAGAUUUUGUGCAUAUUAUUUAUUGGAAAGAACAAGGAGCAAGAGUCGCCACCGUUGUGUCUACAUUCCGUCCAUAAGAAAUGUUCACGAGAAAUUGAGCUUGUAUAUAUCGAGAACGACUACAUAAACCCUGUAAAAUUGU